AAUGAAAGCCAGAGCACUCAUAGUUGCUGCUGCGCGGCGUGCGCAGUACAUGGGCCUUGAGUGCGUCAUUACUUGAUCCUGGUCCACAGCGCAGCCACUCUCUACAAAGACGCCAUCGCCGCGAGCAUCAAUGCCGCUCAUCAGGGUCGGCCUCUGCUGGCUGUGCACCGCUGCGGUCGCGGCGGCGCGCCCGCUCCCACUCCGGUUUCGCGGCGGGUCAGCUGCAGCCCUGACCAAUGCCUCCGCCCUCAACGCCACCGGCGAAGCCUUGGAUUUAAAUGAUGUGCACGACAACGCGACGGCGACGGCGAACGCGACGACCACCAACAGAACCGACGAGGGCUUGAGGGCAUCAAUAAAAGCGUACUUUCGCGGCGCCAAGGAGCUCUGGGGCGACGUCAAGACCUGGCGGCGUUUGAGGAGAGAGGCGAAGAACGGAACUAAUAUGAUUUUGAGUUGGCACGAGCGGAGGGUCAAGAGCAAGACGAUCCCGCACUCGCUGCGCAUGCUGCCCAUCUUGGCGAACCCGCUGCCGCCGCCCUUCGGCCUGGUGCUCGUCGGCAUCGCUUCAUUGGUACCUAGAACUUUAUUAACGCCCGAAUUCUGGACCGACAAUCAAGCACUCACCUUCGCGACGGAGGACGGCGCCGACGUCAAGAGAAGGCACGCCAAAUUAUUGGACGCGCUCGCGGCGGCGGCCGGCGGCGACGGCAAGACUGGGAGUGAUGGAGGGCUCGACGCGCUCGGUGAUGUGGGCGGCGCGUUCGGCGCGGGCGCGUCCUUAGAGUUAUCGCGGCUGCGGCGGAAGCACCUGAUUCGAUUAGCGAGGUGCAUCCGGCCGCACCCGCCGUCGCGGUGGUCGCUCCAUUUUCUACGGACGGCGUCGAUCCGCGAGCGGCUCGCGGACGCCGCGCGCGCGAUGAGCGAGGAGGACGAGGCCCUCGCGCGCGACGUCUCCCUGUUCCAAAACGCGUCGGCGCCGCUCUCGCCGCGUGAGGUGCUCGAGGUCUGCGCGGAGCGCGGCCUCGCCGUCGGCGGCGACCACGCGCGGCGCCUCGCGCGGCUCGAGCGCUGGUGCGAGGCGCGCGCGACGCUGCUGAGCGCGCUGGGGGCGGGGCCCGACGACGACUCCGCGUCGCUGGUCCUGCACAUGCCGGCGCUCCUGUCGGCGCUGCUGGAGAAGGCCGAGGAGGCCGUCGAUGGUGAUGAGUUAGUUGUGGCGUAAAAUUGAAAUUAUGAC